AUGGAGGAGAGCUCGGAGAUAAAGGUGGGCGCCCACCCCGCCAGGACCAGCUGGCUGCAGAGCACAGUGGCUGCGUGCGGCAAAGGGCUCAGCAGAGCACUGGGUUACGUCACCGGGGAGAUGAAGGAGUGCGGGGAGGGACUGAAAGACAAAUCCCCAGUGCUCCAGUUCCUGGACUGGGUGCUCCGGGGCACCUCCCAGGUGAUGUUCGUCAACAACCCCCUCAGCGGCACUCUCAUCAUCAUCGGCUCUUUCAUCCAGAACCCCUGGUGGGCCAUCUCCGGGUGCCUGGGCACCAUCGUGUCCACUCUGACCGCCUUGGUCCUGAGUCAGGACAAGUCGGCCAUCGCGGCCGGACUCCACGGCUACAACGGGGUGCUGGUGGGGCUGCUCAUGGCUGUGUUCUCCAACAAAGGCGACUAUUACUGGUGGCUUCUGCUCCCCGUCAUCGCUAUGUCCAUGACCUGCCCCAUCCUCUCCAGUGCCCUGGGCACUGUCUUCAGCAAGUGGGACCUGCCCGUCUUCACGCUGCCCUUCAACAUCGCCGUGACCCUGUACCUGGCAGCCACGGGCCACUACAACCUCUUCUUCCCCACCGUGCUGCUGCAGCCGGCAGUCUCCGAGCCCAACAUCACCUGGUCGGAGGUGCAGGUGCCCUUGCUCCUGAGAGCCAUCCCCGUCGGCAUCGGCCAGGUAUACGGCUGUGAUAACCCCUGGACCGGAGGCAUCUUCCUCGUGGCUUUGCUCCUGUCUUCACCUCUCAUUUGCUUGCAUGCGGCCAUUGGGUCCACCAUGGGGAUGCUAGCAGCACUGACCAUUGCCACACCCUUCCAGUCCAUCUACUUCGGCCUGUGUGGCUACAACAGCACGCUGGCCUGCAUCGCCGUGGGUGGCAUGUUCUACGUCCUCACCUGGCAGACCCACCUCCUGGCCAUUGCCUGCGCUCUGUUUGCAGCAUACCUGGGGGCUGCCCUGGCUAACAUGUUCUCCGUGUUUGGAUUGCCACCCUGCACCUGGCCCUUCUGCCUCUCAGCACUCACCUUCCUGCUGCUGACCACCAACAACCCUGCCAUCUACAAGCUCCCGCUCAGCAAAGUUACCUACCCAGAGGCCAACCGCGUCUACUACCUGUCCCAGGAGAAACACCGAAGAGCAUCAACUGUAACCAAGUACCAGGCCUAUGAUGUCUCCUAA